AUGAGAAACCCGAAUACACCGAGGGGCCCGCCACCCAAAUAUGAACUUGAUGAUCCAAGUUCUUUGGCACCACGGUGGUGGGAUGUGAGGGCGUGGAGUAAGAAACGAUGGGCCAUUGUUGGCGUGGGACUUGUUGUGUUGUUCAUCAUCGUGGUGGUGGUUGCCGUGGAAGCUUCAAAGAAGAAUGCUUAUCCAAACUACUCACAACUGAGUUAUUCGCUGAAGGAUACUUACUCGGGAACUGACUUUUUCGAUAAAUUCGAUUACUUCAAUACCUACGAUCCAUCAGCGGGUUUCGUUCAUUAUGUUGACUCCGCAGUAGCUGCUCAAUACAAUCUGACCUAUGCUUCAUCAAGUUCUGCUGUUGUCAGAGUCGACACAUCUGUCACAGCUGACAGCAUCCCAAAUGCAUCUACUGGUCGCUUCUCGGUGCGAAUUGAGUCCAAGACACAAUACACUGACGGUCUAUUCAUCUUCGAUAUCGUCCACACACCCAUUGGCUGCGGGACAUGGCCUGCACUCUGGCUAAGUGAUCCAAACAACUGGCCUGCGAAUGGAGAGAUCGAUAUCAUGGAGGCUGUCAACGUUGUAAGCUCCACCAAGAAUCAAAUGACCCUCCAUACCACGUCCGGAUGCUCCAUGGAUGUCAAGCGUAAAGAAACUGGGAAGGCCAUUCAAUCUUCAUGCUUGAAUAGCACGAAUGGAAAUGCUGGGUGUGGUGUACAUGAUUCUUCUGGGACAUUCGGCGCGGAUUUUAACUCAAAUGGUGGUGGUGUUAUGGCGAUGGAACUACGUACCGCGGGUAUACGGAUGUGGCAAUUUGGGCGAGAUGCUAUUCCAAGCGAUAUCUCAUCUGGUGCUCCGGACCCAUCGACCUGGUCGGAGGCAACUGCGGACUUUCCCAGCACGGAUUGUAACAUUGGCAACCACUUCAGAAAUCAAAGCAUUAUUGUCAACAUCGAUUUGUGUGGAAAUUGGGCAGGCACCCAGAGUGUAUAUGAUAUCGAUUACUUUUUCUGGAAAGGUGUUGAUUUUGCAAAAGACUCCGGAUGGGAUGAUCGUGAUGGGAAUAAAAAUGGAUGGGACCCUACCAGCAAACAUAGUGGUCAGAGGUGCCUUGGAUGUUAUGAAGCGAUGAUGCGAUGA